ACACCACGUACACCCGAUGCAUCGAGCUUUCUUGGCUGGAUGCUAGUUGCUAGCUAACGGUCUGUCAAGUGUUACACAUUGGGUCUGAAGGGGGAAGCGUAGCGGUGGGGAAGAAGAGCGACCCAAGCGCCGCUACGAAAUGGCCGGGCAACAGUUCCAGUAUGAUGACAGCGGCAACACCUUUUUCUAUUUCCUAACGUCCUUCGUCGGACUCAUUGUGAUCCCGGCUACAUAUUAUCUCUGGCCGCGGGAUCAGAAUGUUGAACAACUGCGUCUCAAGAGCCUUCGAAGGGUACAUGGCAGGUGUCUGUGGUAUCGGCUCCGGCUUAUGAAGUCACAACAGAGCAUAGUCCCAACACUAAAGAAAGCAGCCUUGCUGUUUGGGUGGGCUGUGUUCCUACUUCUAGCCUACAAGGUGUCCAAGUUGGACAGAGAGUACCAAGAAUACAAUCCAUAUGAAGUCCUCAACUUGGACCCGGGUGCAUCGCUUGCAGAAAUUAAGAAGCAAUACCGUAUACUGUUGCUGAAGUUCCACCCUGACAAAGGUGGUGAUGAGGCCACAUUCCUGAAAAUUACCAAAGCCUAUGCUGCUCUAACCAAUGAACAGUCGCGACAGAACUGGGAAAUACAUGGUAACCCAGAUGGUCCAGGCGCCACCAGCUUUGGUAUUGCCCUGCCUGCCUGGAUUGUUGACCAGAAGAACUCAAUGCUGGUGUUGUUGGUGUAUGGACUUGCCUUCAUGGUUAUCCUUCCUGUUGUUGUGGGUACAUGGUGGUACCGCUCAAUUCGGUACAGUGGAGAUCAAAUCCUCAUCAAUACCACUCAGCUCUUCAUGCAUUUCAUGUACAAGACACCAAACAUGAACAUGAAACGAUUAACCAUGGUGUUAACUGCAGCAUUUGAAUUCGACCCUCGCAGCAAUAAAGAAGCCACAAUAAGACCCACAGACAACAUCGAAGUGCCACAGUUGAUUCGUGAAUUAGGAAAUAUCAAUGUGAAGAAGAAGGAACCUCCGUUCUGUUACCCUUACAGUUUGAAAGCCAGGGUGUUGGUGCUUUCCCACCUGGCCCGCAUGGAGGUGUCAGAGGAGUUGGAGGAAGAUCAGAGGUUUGUGGUGAGGAAGAGUCCAGCUCUCCUCCAGGAGAUGAUCAAUGUGGGCUGUCAGCUGACCAUGAUGGCCAACAGCAGAGGAGGUUUCCACGCUCCUCGACUGGUUACCAUCGAGAACUGUAUGAAGCUGACACAGAUGCUGGUGCAGGGCCUGCAGGAGUCCAAGUCACCACUGCUGCAACUGCCUCAUUUUGAGGAGGAGCAUCUCCGCUACUGCAUUUCUAAGAAGUAUAAGGUGCGAACCCUGCAGGACCUGGUGAGUCUGAAGGACUCAGACAGACGCAACAUGCUGCGUUUCCUGGGUGAGGAGAAGUAUGAUGAGGUCAUGGCUGUGCUGGGCAGCUUUCCUCACAUCAUCAUGGAGACCAAACUUCAGGUUCUUGAUGAUGAGGACAGUAAUAACAUCACCGUGGGCUCAAUUGUCACAGUGACUGUCACGUUAACCAGAAAGCGGAUGUCAGAUAUGUUUGAAAAAGAGCAGGAGGCAUUACCAUGUCAAGGAGAAGAAGCGGCUCAUACAGAGGAAGCACAAGCAGACACGAGUAAAGCCAAAACCAAAGUGUGGCAGAACAAAAAUAAAGGGGCUAAGAAGACAGCCAAGUCCAAGAAGAAAAAAUUAACCAAGAAGAAGGCAACUCCCGCUCCUGCCAAAACCAAGCAGGCUAAUGGCAACGUGGCAGGAAAUGAAAUUGAGAAACUGACAUCAUCAACAUCAGCACCAGCAAAGGAGGAAGAAGACGAAGGCUCAGACAAAGGCAGCGAGUCAGAAGAGGGUGAAGCCAACAAGGAUUCUCCCAGUGAGAGAGACGAAGACAGCGACAAACAGAGUGACACAGAGGUGGAUGAGAUGGCUGGUGAUGAUGAGGAGGAGUGGGAGGCGUUGCAGCAGAGCAUCCAACGCCGUGAGCGUGCACUGCUAGAAACCAAGUCAAAGAUCACACAUCCGGCCUACAGCCUUUACUUCCCCGAAGAGAAGCAAGAGUGGUGGUGGCUCUACAUUGCGGACCGCCGAGACCAGACCCUCGUCUCCAUGCCCUACCACGUCUGCACACUAAAAGACACAGAGGAGGUGGAGCUCAAAUUUCCUGCCCCUUCCAAAACAGGCAACUACCAGUACUCUGUUAUCCUCCGUUCUGAUUCCUACCUGGGACUGGACCAGAUCAAACCACUUAAGCUGGAAGUCCACGAGGCGAAGGCCAUGCUGGACAACCAUCCACAGUGGGACAUCCCUGACACGGAGGAGGAGGACGAGGAGCAGGAAGACAGCGACGGCAUCGAGGAAAGUGACGACGACGAUGAUGAAGACAACGACUGAAUGCGUUAGACGUACACACUCAGCCCCCCACCUUCUCACCCCCUUCCCUUUCUUUCUCAGACUGGCCACCCAUCCACUAGUGACGAGGAACAGCGCAGUCAUGCCUGCCACAAACAAACAAACACACAAUAAAAUCACUGGGAGGAGUUUCUACUCACAAAGCCCUCAACCAUCCCACCUUUACAAUAUCAUGAACUGUGACCCCUCCCCUGUUUUCCUCUUUUUUACAGAGACUUUUCAUUCACUUUCCGCUGCUGGUGGAAAAGAAUUCUGUGAAUACUAACCGGCCUGGGUGUGUGUGUGUGUGUGGGUGUGCAUGUGAGUGUGUGUAUGUGUAAUGUAGUAUGUCUUUGUACAGGUAUGAAAGAUGGACACACUGUGGACUGGAGGACCUAUUAUAUUAUGGGCUCUUUUUUUUUUUAAUUGAUUGGGAGAGUGGAUGUAAAUUGGCUAAUUCCAUUUCCAAGAUUAACACAAACAACCGACCUCCGUAUGGAAAUCAUACCAUCACUAUCGCUCCUGCUUUUAAAAUCACUCUGCUCCGAUGUUUUCCACACCAAUGAUACUUUCUAGUGUACACUUAUUCUGCACAAGUUUGAGCUUGAGCACUCUUCUUUUUGGAAGUUUUGAGUCAACUUUUAGGAUGGUUUCUUCUCUUGCACAGAUUAUUAUUAAUUUCCUUUUUGUCAUCUUUUUUUCUGUUACACCUGCCUUUCACUUGUACUUCCUGUAUAAUGAAGGAAAUGUCAACAGAGAGAUGAUUACAAAGUGGUCCCGUUAAUGAUGCCUGUUCUGCCCCUGUGACUUGUAUGUUUUAACCAUUGGUGGAUUUACAACAUGAAUUGAGACCUGGAGUGUAGCUUGGGGCGACAAGAGAACUUGCAGUGUUAAAAUAUGAUUGACUUGUGAAUACUCUUCAUUUAAUACAUAAAAUUUAUGAGUGUUCAGUCCUUUUAAGAGGCUAAGAUCCAUUUAUUUUCAGGUUUUUUUUUCUCUUUUUAAACAAUUGUAGCACAUUCCAGUGUAUACUUUUUGUCCAAAAAAGGCCUUAUGAAUACUGAAACUGAAAUACUACAACACACAAGUCCUUGGGUGCCAUGCACCAGUGGUUGCUUGGAAAGCAUAUAUAUAUAUAUACAUAUAUAUAUAUAUAUAUAUAUAUAUAAAUUUCUUUUGUUUUUGUUUGGUAAAAACUGAAGUGUUUGCUUCCAUUUAGAGUUUGUGUUUUCAUAGUAAUCUAUAGCUUCUCAAUCAUGGGGAUACAUAUCAUUCGUCUUGCCAUCCGAAAACAUUCAGUGUGAACAGUCAUUUUGCAGUUUUAUGUGAAAAUUGACUGUUUUGGGGAUUUGAGUAAUUGAUCCCUGCCAAACAUGAUGUUUGCAAUCUGAGAACUAUCCUGAACAAAGACCUGUUGAAAAUAAGUAGUUGUGUGAGACUAAGCAGACUUUCUCAAGCACCUUUUCUUCCUAAUCGUCAUCAGAACAGGCUUAAUUUUGUGAUGGAAAUUUAUUUUUCCAUCAGAAAAAUGCAAAGUUGUUCUGGGUGAGCAAAAAUCUUACCUCCCUUAGAUUUAAAGUUUUUUUUUCUUUUUUGUUUUAUUAAGAAGUAGUUAAAUGUAACACAAGUUUUGUUUUGUUGCGUUCUAACCUUGAUUUUUACAUGUUAGAUUAUUGGGAGGGGGGGUUCAGAGCUUCCUUGUGUAGCUCUGUGGGAUCUCACUGUGUCAAUGACUCUAUAGUUUGAGAUUUUACAUCAAUACGUAACCUUUCAUGAUGAAUUUCUGUACAGUUAAUUUUCUUGCAGCGCAUAAUGUUAGUGGGAGAGAUUCAAGUUUGAAUAUUUGAGGGCAUGCUCUCCCAACAAUGUGCACACUCAUUUAAACUAUACCCUCCUGUACCUGUUCAGAGCAGGUAUGUGCUAAUGUUAACAUUCUGAGUAUUAUGGCUCUGCAAUAGAAUGUAGCAUCAGCGAUUAAUGCUGUGUGGGGAAAAAAAAACAGAUAACUGCAGUGAGGUGAGAUACCACACCAUCUCUCCCAUGACCGACCUUAUCCAGGUGAUUGGCCAGCCGGCCGCCUCAGUUUGGACAAGCAACUACCCAAAUGACUAUCGAUCUGCCACUUUUGUUUACAAAGGAACUGUCAUUGUAAAUGGAAACAAUAUAUUAUUUGUAUUUAAAAUCAUUUCAAAUAAAAACUUUUAAAUGAA